AUGAUGAGCUCCUCUCUCGAGGCUAAAAUUGUUGUCCUGGGCGCCCAAGGCGUAGGCAAAACAUCCCUUGUGCAGCGUUACGUGAAGAACGCCUUCAACCCCGCGACCGUGUCCACCGUCGGCGCAUCGUUCGUCACCAAGCGCGUCCUCGACAGUACCUCGGACACCGUCGUCCGCUUGCAGAUCUGGGAUACAGCCGGCCAGGAACGAUUCCGCAGUAUCUCGCGCCUCUACUACCGCGGCGCAAACGCUUGUUUACUAUGCUACGACAUCACCGACGAGCGAAGCUUCCAAGAGAUGAUGGGCUGGCUACUCGAGCUGAAGAACAAUCUCGGCGAUGACGAACCACUAGUCAUCCACGUUGUGGGCACGAAAUCGGACAUCGUGGCGCUGGACCCCUCACUGCGCCGUGUCCCCUUUGAACGGACAAUCGCCUACGUCGCCGAACAGCUGUACCCAUCGCAGGCGUCCACCCCGCCGCCGACGGCCGGGGUCAGCCAUUCCUCCUCCACGCUGCAGAGCCCCGAUAGCAAGCGGAGUUCGGCGUUUUGGGGCCAGGAUAUCGGGUGGGACUGCUGUCAUGAGAUUAGCGCCAAGGAUGGCGAGGGCAUCGAAGAGGUGUUUCGAGUCAUCACCCGGAAGCUGGUGGAGGAGCGGAAUAAGCGCGAGGCGGAGAUUGCCUUGUCGCAGGGGGGAAUGGCGAUAGAUGGGAUUGCGACGGCGUCUGGCCUGGGAAAUAAUAAUAGUGAUGGGAAUGGCAGUUUUCGGUUGGGACAGUCGAAUGACAAGCGACGCAGUUGGAUUCCUGGGUUUCCGCCGAGUAGUGUGGGGGUGGACGAGGAGUCGGAGAUGGUGGCUACGUCGAAGAAGAAGGGGAGAUGCUGUUGA